UUUUGAUACAGCCCAAGGUAAGCCGAAGAGGAUGACAGUGAAAGCACCCUAUGAUCACUUAGGUGGGCAAUACACCUUCGAGUUUGACGUCGAUGAUGAUUUUGGGGAGAUCGGAGCUGUGCUGGUUGAGAAUGACUACCGCAACAAGAUAUAUAUACAGAAAAUUAAAGUCGACAAACCUAAAAAAGUUACCUUCACAUGUAAUUCAUGGGUUCAUUCCAGUUAUGAUAACGACCAAAGGAGGAUCUUCUUCGCUGACAAGUGUUACCUGCCAUCGAAAACGCCAAGUGCCCUCAGGUCGCUGAGAAAGAAAGAUUUGGAGUUCAUUCGAGGCGAUGGCCAAGGAGAGCGUAAAGAUUUCGAGAGGAUUUACGAUUAUGAUGUAUACAACGACCUUGGAGAUCCCGACAAUAAGAGCUCAGAUCUUGCACGGCCGGUGCUCGGUGGCAAGAAAUUUCCUUACCCUAGGCGCUGCCGUACUGGUCGGAAAAUGUCCUCUAAAGAUCCGCUGACGGAGACAAGAUCUUCAGACCCGUUUUAUGUACCAAUCGAUGAAGAUUUUUCAGAGAUAAAGUCGGUAUCAUUUGGAGCGAGGACUUUGUAUAACUUGCUCAUUGGUGUUAUACCCCGUCUAGGCACCGCUUUUACAGGAAAAGACGAAGACUUUCGUUUAUUCCAGGAUAUAGAGUCGCUUUUUGACGAAGGAGUUGUUAUUAAUGGUACUGAUAAACAUGUUGCAAGUGUUUUGCCUAGAAUUAUCCAUGAGGUUGUUGACACCGUGGAUGACCUUAUCAAGUUUGAUCCACCUGAAACUAUCCAGAGGGACACGUUCUUUUGGCUCCGUGAUGAUGAAUUCAGUCGACAAAUGCUUGCUGGUGUCAAUCCUUGCAGCAUACAGUUGGUUACGGAAUGGCCAUUGAUGAGUAAAUUGGACCCUAAAGUUUACGGGCCACCUGAAUCAGCAAUCACCAAGGAGAUUGUUGAGCGAGUGAUUGGAGGUUUCAUGACUUUCGAGGAGGCUUUGGAACAAAAGAAAUUGUUCGUGUUGGAUUACCAUGAUCUACUAUUGCCAUACGUAAAUAGAACAAGAGAUAUUGAUGGGAUAACUCUAUAUGGUUCAAGGACUUUAAUGUUCCUUACUCCUGCUGGAACGUUGACCCCAGUUGCCAUAGAGUUGACUCGACCGUCUUCAGAAUGGCAACCACAGUGGAAGCAUGUGUACACACCUUCUUUGGGUGCCACUGGUUCUUGGCUAUGGAAGAUAGCUAAAGCUCAUGUCCUUUCUCAUGAUUCCGGUAUUCACCAGCUUGUUAGCCAUUGGCUAAGAACUCACUGUGCAACUGAGCCUUACAUCAUUGCCUCCCACCGUAAUCUUAGCACAAUGCAUCCUAUUGCACGACUACUCCACCCUCAUUUUCGUUACACCCUGAAGAUCAACGCCCUAGCUCGACAAUCUCUCAUUAAUGCCGGUGGUGUUAUAGAGUCGACAUUCUCUCCUGGAAAAUAUUGUAUGCACCUUUCCUCUGACGUCUAUGAUCAGUUGUGGCGUUUUGAUCACGAGGCACUUCCAGCUGACUUGAUAAGCAGGGGUAUGGCUGUUAAAGAUCCUACUGAACCACAUGGUUUGAAACUAACAAUCGAGGACUAUCCAUUUGCAAACGACGGUCUACUCCUUUGGGAUGCCAUCAAACAGUGGGUUACGUCUUUUGUCAACAACUACUACCCACAAGCAAGUCUCGUAGCAUCUGAUGAAGAGCUUCAAGCAUGGUGGCAUGAGAUUCGAACAGUUGGGCAUGGCGAUAAGAAAGAUGAACCAUGGUGGCCACAACUCAAAACCCAUGAUGAUUUGAUUGGAAUCGUGUCAACUAUCAUAUGGGUUACUUCUGGCCAACAUUCAGCUGUGAACUUCGGACAAUACGAGUAUGCUGGUUAUUUCCCUAACCGGCCAACCAUCGCUAGAACCAAGAUGCCUAACGAUGACCCAACAGAUAAAGACUGGUAG